AUGACGUCUGUAUACGAGAGUCUAUUAUCAGAGUAUCCUGAUAAAGGCGUUGUCGGAAAACCAGAGGUAAACCCAAUGUUUCCGACAUAUUUAAAAAAUCAAUGCUUUCAGAUCCGGGACACGGAAGAUCAGAUGAUCGAGAAGCUUCGAGUCCUCACGAAUCACUUCCGAAACGCCAAAGAUACGGAAAAACCCAUUUUUGUGUUAAUCGGAGCUGGAGUUAGUACGGGCUCGAAGCUUCCGGAUUUCAGGGGAAAACAAGGUGUUUGGACGUUACAAGCAGAAGGAAAACAUGCAGAAGGCGUUAAUUUCCAAGUGGUCCGUCAUUUGAAAUUUCGUUUCAACUUACAGAGUUUAGUGAGAGUUCAGGCUCGUCCAGGCGUUUCGCAUAAAUGCAUUCUGGCUCUACACAAAGCGGGAUAUAUCAAAACGAUAAUCACUCAAAAUGUGGAUGGAUUGGAUCGAAAAGUGGGAAUCCCUGUGGAAGAUCUGAUCGAAGUGCACGGAAAUCUGUUCUUAGAAGUUUGUCAAUCGUGUUUUAGUGAAUAUGUGCGAGAAAACAUUGUGAUGAGUGUUGGAUUGAAACCAACUGGCCGCAAUUGUGAAGGAAACAAAAAAACAGGUCGUUCCUGUCGUGGAAAGCUUCGUGAUGCUACUCUAGAUUGGGACUCUGAAAUCGACCAUAAGCAUCUGACGAAAAUCAAAAAGACAUGGAAAGAAUCUUCACAUCUUCUUUGCAUCGGAACUUCCCUUGAAAUCAUCCCAAUGGGUUCUCUUCCAGUCGACGCAAAAGCUCGCGGAAUCAAAACUACUACUAUUAACUACCAAGAAACUGCUCAUGAAAAAAUCGUGGAGACUGCAAUCCAUGCGGAUGUCAAACUGAUUCUCUACUCACUAUGUCACUCACUCGGCGUUGAAGUUGAUCUCGGAAACGAUCUCCCUGAUGAAGUGCCUGUACCAUUGGAAAUUUGUUAA